GUCCCUCUCAAAGGCCUCGAGUGAAUUGAAUUCUCAGUGACCGUUGAGAAACGGCGAUGCGAAACGUUGGCGCCAAAUUACCAACUUUCAAAAUUUUGCUAUUGUCAUUCCAAUUCUCCCUCUCUGUUCAACGCAUUGGCUGUUCUUUGAUUUCGUCGAGCUCUUAUAUUUGUUUGUUUGGAACCAAAAGGUUCUCUGUUUCGACCACUCCCUCUUACAAUUAUUGGCUUUCUCUUCAUCUAAGAAACGGAAGAAUCAAUGAAGCCCGAUCAUUAUUUGAUCACAUAUCUUCUCCUGGUGUUAACUUAUACACCAUGAUGAUUGCGGGUUAUGCAGAAAAAGGUAGGCUUGAGGAUGCCCUGAAACUGUUCUAUGAAAUGCCUGUGAAGGAUCUGGUUUCUUGGAAUUCUAUGCUCAAAGGGUGUCUCAAAUGUGGGGAUUUAAGUAUGGCCUGGAACGUGUUUGACAAAAUGCCGCAAAGGAAUGUCAUUUCUUGGACGACCAUAAUCGAUGGGCUGCUGGAGUUUGGGAGAGUUGAGGUUGCUGAGCGCUUUUUCUGGGAGAUGCCCACUAGGGAUGUUGCUGCCUGGAAUUCCAUGGUUCAUGGAUAUUUUAGUAAUGGUAGAGUUGAAGAUGCCGUUGAGUUGUUUGAGAAAAUGCCUUUCCGGAAUGUGAUUUCGUGGACUUCUGUGAUUGGUGGGCUUGACCAGAAUGGAAGGAGUUACGAAGCUCUACUUGUUUUCCAGAAAAUGUUGGCUUCCUUUAUCAAACCCACUUCGAGCACGUUGGCCUGUGCAUUGACAGCUUGUGCAAACAUACGUACUUUCUUCAUAGGUGUACAGAUUCAUGGUCUAAUUGUUAAGACUGGUCACUGCUUUGAUGAAUACAUAGCUGCUUCCCUUAUAACAUUUUAUGCAAACUGCAAGCUAAUACAGAAUGCUUUCGACAUUUUUAACGACGAUUUACGGAGAAAUGUUGCGGUUUGGACGGCUCUUCUAACGGGAUAUGGAUUGAACUGUAAGCACGACGAUGCGUUACGGGUUUUCAAGGGUAUGAUGAGAAUGUGUGUGCUUCCUAAUCAAUCUUCUCUGACUAGUGCUCUAAAUUCAUGUUGUGGAUUAGAGGCUGUUGAUAGAGGCAGGGAAGUUCAUAGUGUAGCUUACAAGCUAGGCUUGGAAAAUGAUAUCUUUGUCGGUAAUUCUCUCGUGGUUAUGUAUACUAAAUGUGGACAAAUUCGUGAUGGGGUUGUUGUCUUCACAGGAAUGUCUAGAAAGAAUGUUGUGUCCUGGAACUCCAUCAUUGUUGGAUGUGCACAACAUGGUUUUGGGAUGUGGGCUUUGACUCUCUUCGCUCAAAUGAUUCGUUCAAGGGUGGAUCCAGACGAGAUUACGCUCAUAGGAUUACUUUCAGCUUGCAGCCAUUCUGGAUUGUUAACAAAAGGUAGAAGCUUUUUCAAGCAUUUUGGCAAAAACUUGUGUAUUGAGAUGACAAAUGAGCACUAUGCUUCUAUGGUUGAUCUAUUAGGCCGAUAUGGCGAAUUGGACGAAGCCGAAGCGCUGAUUCAUACCAUGCCUAUCAAAGCUAACUACACGGUGUGGCUUGCACUGCUCAGCAGUUGCUCCAAACACUCUAAUGUGGAUGUAGCUGAAAGGGCAGCAAAAUGUGUGUUGGAACUACAACCAAGCUGUAGUGCUGCUUAUACAUUACUCUCCAAUCUAUACGCUUCUAAUGGAAAAUGGACUGAAGUUUCCAAAAUAAGGAAGAAGAUGAAAGAUGAAGGGAUUUUAAAGCAACCUGGAAGUAGCUGGAUUACAGUUAAGGGGAUCAGGCAUGAUUUUCUUUCGGGCGAUCGGUCGCAUCCAUCGAGCCGAAAAAUAUACCAAAAACUAGAAUGGCUAAGAGGGAAGUUGAAGGAAUUGGGUUAUGUACCUGAUCCGAAGUUCUCCUUGCAUGAUGUUGAGUCAGAACAAAAGGAAGAGAUGCUGUCAAGUCAUAGUGAGAGGCUUGCUAUUGGGUUUGGAUUAAUCAGUACAGUUGAGGGUAGCACCAUAACAGUAAUGAAAAACCUCCGCAUUUGUGGCGAUUGUCACAAUGCCAUCAAGCUUAUAGCGAAAGUCGUCGGUCGGGAAAUCGUCGUUAGAGACUCUAGCCGCUUUCAUCACUUUCGUAGCGGAGCCUGUUCUUGUGGAGAUUACUGGUAGUAGCUGUGGUGGUUCAAAAUGUGUUCAAAUAAUGGAUUGAACUCCAUGAUACACCAAAAAUCAUG